AUGCGGGAUAUUGAGAAGUUGAAUAACCGAGGAUCUACAAAGGCUGGCAACACAAAGGAACAUAUCAAGUUAAAGGUAGAUUCACCGCGAUUCAAAAGAAGCAGCACGAAAAGCCAAGGGAAGAAUCGCAAACUGAAAUCAAAAUCUCGUAAACUCAGAGGUUCCACAAAUGCGUUGGCGAAAACAGCUAUUGAUUCUUCCGUCAAGGCGCCAAACAAGAAUUCUUCAAAUAAAAGAUUGAUUAUUAGACAAAGUCUACAUAAAACUGAUAGGAAUUCAAAACAGGUUCAGCCUAAGAUAAAUAUACAAGGAGGAAAAAAUUCUCCAAAUAAUGAUAGGGAAAGCGAGAAAGACAUUGAUCAAGAGACAAAUAUUCAAAAGCGUAAGAGAAGAAGAAAAAAGAAAAGAGAACGACUUAAUGUGGAAAUUGAUGACACUUCACGCCUUCAGAGAAGAACAAGGAAUCUGUUAAUCAGAAUGAAGCUAGAGCAGAACCUUAUUGAUGCUUACUCCGGAGAAGGUUGGAAAGGUCAGAGUCGAGAGAAGAUUAGGCCGGAAAAGGAGCUACAAAGAGCAAAGAAGCAGAUUAUAAAAUGCAAGCUUAGUAUCCGUGAUGCCAUUCGCCAGCUUGAUUCUCUAAGUUCAGUUGGUAGCAUUGAAGGUUCUGUUAUUGCUACAGAUGGAUCGGUUUAUCAUGAACAUAUAUUCUGUGCAAUUUGCAAGAUGCGUGAAGCUUUUCCAGAUAAUGAUAUUAUACUCUGCGACGGCACUUGCAAUCGCGCGUUUCACCAAAGAUGUCUUGAUCCUCCUUUGGAUACUGAAAACAUUCCUCCUGGAGACCAAGGCUGGUUUUGCAAGUUUUGUGAAUGUAAGACUGAAAUACUCGAGGCAACAAAUGCGCAUCUCGGGACUCGUUUCUCCUUAGACAGUACUUGGCAGGAUGUAUUCAAGGAAGAAGCUGCUAUUCCCGAUGGUGACACGGGAUUAUUAAAUCAAGAAGAAGAAUGGCCGUCAGAUGAUCCUGAAGACGAUGACUACAAUCCAGAUAUGAAAGAAGACAGCCACGGUGGCAACAACACAGAUGGAAAUGAUGAUAAUGCAUCUGAUGAUUCGAGUAGUUCUGGUAGUAUGUGGUCAUUAAAUGGAGAAUGUUCUCUGUUAGAUGAAGGUCUUGAAUAUUAUUCUGUUAGUCAUGGCUGCAUAGAUUCCGAUGAAUCCGGGGAAAUAGCGUGUGGUCGUAGGCAGCGUACAGCUGUUGACUACUUGAAACUUUAUGAUGAAAUGUUUGGGAAGGAUGCACAAUAUGAACAACUGAGUGAAGACGAAGACUGGGGUCCGGUAAAAAGACCGCGAACAGCAAAGGAGUCUGAUGCUGUUAAUACACUUAUGGCUCUGCACGAGAUUGAAAACAAACAUCAGAAUAAUGAAAACAAACAUCCGAAUAAUGAGAACAAUGGUAGAAUACGAGGGAAUUCUGCUGGCAUAAAAAGACCUUGCUUCAGGAUUCCACAUGAUGCAGUUGAGAAGCUUCGCCAAGCUUUUGCAGAGAAUGAGCUUCCUCCAAAAUCCGUGAAGGAUGCCCUUUCGAAAGAGUUGGGUCUUGAUGCUGCAAAGGUUAACAAAUGGUUCAAAAAUGCACGUUACUCGGCACUUAAAACUAGAAAGUAUCGAGAAGGAGGAAAACAGCUACAGAGUUUCACUUCUAAGACCUCAAAGGAUUGCACAUCACAACAGGUGCAGGAAGAUGAGAUUUUGAAACCAAAGGUCAAGAAAAUCACUGUGAUUCGUUCCGUGAAGAAGUGUGAAAGUGUUACCGGCAAAGAGAAAUCAAAGGCAUCUAGCAGUCUUUUGAAGAAAAAGAAACCAGAAAUACCUCCACCCUUGAGAGAAAAAAACGGCAACAAGGAUUUGACGGAGGACAAUGGCGAUGUAAGCUUGAUGAAACUAUUGAAAGAAAGGAAAAGGAAGGUAAGUUUUGCAUUUGAAGGAGACUCUAAGGAAGCAGAGUUGGAGCUUGAAAGACUCACCAAAUUGAAGAUGAAAGUAGAUAGAUUGAAGCAAAGAUUAACUCAAGUUCAAAAUUACAGAUCAAAGGGUUCAGAAGAUGUAGUUUGUUUGAAUGAGCCAUCUAUUAUGUAUGUGCCUGUAGCUGAGUUAAGGGAAAAGGUUAAAUAG